UCGGGAAGGGAACCUUGUCAUUUUGUGCCUAUGCAAAGUUUCCCGUCAUGUUGUCUGCUCCGUAAUGAACAGUGUGUGGGAUGGGCUCUACAUAUGUAUACAUAUUUGCAUGCAUGUAUGCAUGCAGGAUGGAUGUGUGUAUGAAUCUAGUUUAUGUGCGUGUGGACUCAAAAAACGAGACUCCCGUCUGCUGUCUGUGCUCCAAUGAUUUGGAAGGAUUCGACGCCGGCAAUGUUGAUCAAUCAGAUUUGGCAGAUAAGCACCGCUUGCUUUGUUGCCCAACGAGACUCCAAACGGUGCCCUGGGGAUUCUAGGCCCUUUUCCCCUAAAGGGCAUGCAGAGUGUUUUUUUGUCUCAGGUUGCUGUUCAUCGGAGGAUUUGCCGUCGAAUUGGGAUGACGGUGAUUCAGCGCGGAGCAACCACUCGAGGCGUGCCGGGAGGAGGAGGACGAGGAAGACGAUGCUAAAAGAGGUUGCGAGUUUGUGUAUGUAACUAACCAGUUGGCGCAGCGAAAUGCAGGGUUGUACAGCGUCCUGCACCAAGACAAUAAGUCGCAAUAUAUAUGGGGCCCGUGACGGGGAUGGUCCUCGAGGGUUCUGCGGAACUGACCGCAACAUCACCUCAUUAGAUCCAUGCCGGCCUCAGGGUUUGACGUCAAGAUCUGGAUUCUGGAAACACUCGUAUCGGAAAAUUAGUCGUUACUCUGUACUCUGAAAUUUAUUGCCCCAAAACGAGCAGCACAAAGGGGG